AUGCCUGUAUUUAAACUCGUAGUUGCCUUUAAUUAUUUACUUUUAAUAGUUCCAACAUAUUCUUUAAAUACUGUGGAAAUAGUUCCAAACAUCAUCAGUAGACAAAACUGGCAUGCUAGGCAACCAGUAGAACGAGAACUGCUGGAAGUAACGCCAACACCUUACGUGGUAAUUCAUCACGGAGGAGAGCCUAAAUAUUGUUACGAUGAAAAAACGUGUUCCGCCAUCGUAAGGCAAUAUCAAAAUUUCCAUAUCGACGAUCGACACUGGUUCGAUAUCGGAUAUAGUUUUGUUAUUGGCGAGGACGGAAACGUUUACGAGGGUCGAGGCUGGGAUUAUGUCGGAGCACAUGCACCUGGUUAUAACACUCAGAGCAUUGGAAUAUGUAUUAUUGGUGAUUUUAGUAAUUUCGUUCCUAACGAGAAAGCUUUAAAGACACUGAACGAUUUGAUUAAAUACGGUGUGAAGCUUCGAAAAAUACGCGGGGAUUAUCACAUUUUGGGCCAUCGACAAGCUAGAAGUACUCUCUGCCCGGGAACCGCAUUUUAUAAAUACGUUCAAACACUUCCACGAUGGACUAAUCACCCAAUACCAAACUAUUCAAAUGGCACAACAACGACAUUAGCACUAUGAAAUGAAUGAGACUAUUAAUGAUACAAACAGAAGUACGAAGAACUAUGAUGACAAUUUUUCAUAAUUGGGAACUACGGAAAUAGUUUUAAUCAUUCUAUAAUUUUAGCCAACGAGUGUAACAUAAACGAUUAGAAUGACGCAUCUGUUUAAGGAAAUCUAUUGUAUAUACUAUUUGUAUUAUGAUAUGAAAAAAGCUGAAAUUACCUAAUGAUAACACAGUAAAAACAUCAUUGACAUUUUGUCAUCAUCAUCAUUAAUGGCGAUUUAUUUUUCGCUCAACGAAUCAGUUCAAGUGUAAAACGAUUAAUUCCCGAUAAAUGAUUGAUUGUAAUCUCUCCGCGUGAUUACGAUACACUUUGCUUACAAGACAAUUUACGUUCUUCAUUCGUACUGAAUUACAAUGCAUUUUUAACAAAUAAAAUUAUUAGUAAUUGUUCCUAAUUUAAUUUGAUUUCUCUGUUAUGUAAAUUCA